UGAGAUGACCUCAGCGUUAACCUCCUCUUUCAACUGUACCUUACUUCCACUUGUGUCACAUGUGUCACGCUGGGAUGACGCAUUAUCUUAGUCGACUUUUCACUUAGUCACUCAUCUUCCUCUUAUUUGAUGGUUUUUCUGUCUUGCUUCAUUUCCUGAAUGGUUAAAAUAUGCUUUUAAUUUGAGGUAUAGUGCUACCAGUAGAUCGUAAGUUACUGAACUGAAAGAAACAACUUUUAGGCAUUAAAAAUUUAUGCUGACUCCUGGUUAUACUCGGAAGUCGGAAUUUCUGAGCUCUGAGUCAGAAAUUUAUCUGGAAUGCCCCCCUGAAGUCGGUUUACAAUCGGACGAUCCUCACCAACCCUGACUUGACGACAACGUCAUAUUCCAAGAUGGCAGCAGAGUGCAUCACCAGUAAAGAGUAAUAGUGAAAGCUCUCAUAAUCUGUUAUUUAUUAGCACUUCUGUUUUGUUUUUGUGAAAUUAAAUAAGUGUUAUAUGUUGUACUGCCCAAUGUCUAACUUUGAACAUGGUGAUAUGGUGUUGGUAAGAGUAAAAUACCGUGAUAUGCGUUGUUAACAACUGGUAUCGCUAACAACAACAAACAACCGAUGACAACCGCUAACAACAACUGACAACGGCUAACGACAGCUGACAUUUGUACACAACAGCUAACAACGUGCAACUGUAGGCAUCCAUCUUGGUUUACCGACUUGAGGUUUCGGACACUAGAUGGCAAGACGCAAUGCAUGAUGGGAUGCCCACCACCUGUGAGUGACCAUCGGAUGGUCGCUACAUUUUGCGAUGCUCUAUGGGAAAUUUUGAGUCGCCUAUAUGGGGCAUCGGAAUUGAUCACUCAGGUUUCGGACACCCCUCAAAAUGGCGCUAACCCCCAUAUAGUCGCCUAUAUAGGGGUUAGGGAUCCCUUUCGGACACAGCCUGGAACAUCAUUCCCAGCCCCAACAUCCGACUUCCCAGGUAACUGGAACGCAGGGUAUGAUACAAAGCCAGUCAGUCUUGUUGUUUGUGGUCUUUUUAGCUUGAAGAUACCACAGAAAGGCAUCCGUGUGAAUUUCAGUUGUUUUGCUAAACAUAAGAAAAACUCCUCACAGGAGCUUUAAGGUCAAAAUCACGAGUCAAGCAUUUAUAGGUGUUGGAUUUGUCAUACUCAUUCAACUUAUGUCUCUUCUGAUGAACAUUUGAACCUUGCUGUGCUUUGUUUUUCUCUAAAACUUCUCAUUCAGUUUUCUGCUGAAAUGAGCUUGCAUAACUGAAACUCAAAGCCAGUCAUUUCCGGGAUCUGGGGUUUUUCAAGGGUUCGUGUCUGGACACAGCUCCGCCUGUCCCUGAAAUCCCAAACAGACACCGCUCUCCUCUGUUGAACGACUGGAAUUUUCCACCUUGGUUCCCGGAAUGAGGCUUUCUCUCUCUGACUCCCCCUUUCUCUGUGAUGAACAACCACCGGAUUUGCCAUAUCUGCUAUCCAUGCUGCAUCUCCUCCUCUACAGUUGCAGGAAGCCCCGCCCCCCUGUGCCACUGCGCCGUCCUGUCACUUAAAAGCAACGCACCCACCUCUCCGGUCUCCACUGUACCGCACUGCUCACGAAACUUUACCCUUCACCAAAGACUUCACUGUAUAUUCUUUUCUUCCACUGCAAACAUGGCGAAGGUCAACGGCUGCCUUAAAUGCAUCUUCACCGGCUUCAACAUCUUCUUUGCGGUGAGUUUUAAACCGUAAUUAGCGUAAAAUGGCGGCGGUUUAUCCAACGUUCUAAACGACAGGUCUAAAAAUAAAAGUGCGUAGUGGCGUCUGAAGUCUGCUCGGCCCGUCCCGACCACGACUUUCUUUUGUUUCUAUUAACAUAAAAGAAACACAAACAGUAUAUAAGAUUUCUUAAUCGUAAUGUUUUCAGAAAAAACUCCUAAGUAUUAAAAGUAUUAAACUAUAUGUAACCAGCGUUUAGACUUACAUAGCAGCUGUUGUGUCUUCUUUUAACGUUAAAAGUUUUUUUUUUUUUUUUUUUACUUUAAAAUUGUAUUUAAAUAUCAUUCAGUCAAUUAUACAGAUUAAUUUGUGUUUCUUUUACAGCCCCUCUGUUUAAAUUUGAGUUAUCCUGCUUUUUACUUUAACUUUGAUGGUCUGUUAAACAAAUGAAAAUGUAAUUUAAUUUAAUUUUUGCAGCAGUUUUUCCUCUAAUUGGAUAAAUUGGUUGCCUUUUCUUUAACAGGUCAUUACCCUUUUUUAUUUGUUUAGCCACAGCCCACUUUCACCAAGCAGCAUGAGGACAUUGUCCUCAUGAAACCAGAUUUACCUGACUUAACCAGGCUUAACAAAAUUAUACUUCCCCUAACACAAGUCCAAACAUGCCCCUCUGGUUCGCCUGGCAGUUUCCUUUGGUUCUUCAUAAUCAGAUUAGAUAACUAAAUUAUGGAGCAGGUAUUUGAUAAACUGCCAAUUAAAAUGUGUAUCAUCCGGCUCUCUGACAACAACAUUUCACAAGGUUAUUCGUCAUUCCUCUCUGGUUGUGUAAUGGUUACAAAGGUUUUUAAUUGACCUUGGGAAAGAUUUCUGCCAUUUUAACUCCACUGUGCAAAAUUGUACUAUAAGUAUACAAGCAGAAAGUGUUGUUAUAUGUUUGCUCCAUGAGUUUGCAUGCAAAACUAUUCUUUUUGUAGCUUUUAGGUUACAGGCUUCAAUCUUUCCCUGAGGCUGGGUUUACUUUCAGUUCCAGGGACAAAGAAUUUUUUGUGUUGACGUCACCCCAGAUGGUUGGGAAAUUCUGGGCAUUCACAACAUUCAGAUGUCAGAUGUUUGAAAGUCGCCCAAUUCGUAAGAAGUUAUCUGUAAAUUAAAGCCCCUAUGAGGGUUUCUUAUCUAAUUAAAAAUAAACGGAUCAUGAUGUUGAUACCAUUUCAUGAUAUUCAAAAGCAAACAAGAAUAUCAGCAGCAAGAUCCAAGAUUUUUAUAUCGUAAUUUUUAACAAGCCGGUGAGAGCUGGUAGGCGUUGAACAAACAGCCUUUUUUCUAUAUAUGAAAUAUUCUCGAUAAAUCACACAAAGUCAGCAGAAAGAGAUUUUGGUCAAAACUCCAAACUCAAGUUUAGCAAAGACUGCUUUGUCCACAGGGGGCGCCAAAAUUAACACUAACUUUAAUAAUAAUAAUAACUUUAUUUAUAUAGCAUUUAAAAAACAGAAGUUUACAAGGUGCUUUGACAACAGUUGCAAGCACAGAACAUCAGCACAUGAAAAUAAAAACACAUAAAAACAAAAGCUCAGUUAAAAACAGGCCUCUGAAUUGUAGGCCUGUUUCAUUUUUCAUAAGAAACCUUGGCAAUACAAGAACCCUACAAAAUAAAUGGGACCAUGAGGACCAAAAUAAAAACAUAAAAUGAAAUAGAAAAGGAGGGCAGGAAACAGGCUAGUAAGUAUAAAAGAGGAUAUUAAUAAUAAUAAUAAAAUCAUAAUAAAAUAAUGAUGGUAAUAUAAAUGAUAAAGUGGAAUUUAAAAAAAAAAUAUAUAUAUAUAUAUGUAUAUAUAUAUAGAUAUAUAUACAUAUAUAAUAAAAAACAUUAAAAUCAAUGAAGGACCUGAGAGAUAAAAUAAGAAAAGAUUAUAAGUAAAACAAAGGCUAAAAGGACAGUAAGUCUAAAUAAGAAAGAGGUAAAAGAAAAAGGAGAAAAAGAAAAAAGGUAAACGACGAUAAAAGAUGGCAUCACAUAAAAGCAAGUCUGUAAAAGUGAGUUAAACUUUAAAUAACUGAUUGUCUAUUUCCCUUUUUUAUUUAUUUGUUUUCUUGAUAAGAGGAUUGUGUUCAACCAACAAAAAAAAUCCUGAUAUAUGAUGUUGUACUUCGAUGUUAAGCCCAGAUAAAGUUUAAACGGAGUAAUCUCUAUUGACAGAAAUUUGCUUCAUAUGGGGCCGAUACUGAUACCAAAUGUAGGUAGUUUAUGAAACCGAUAACUGUAACUAGAAUUAUAAAGUCACGCAGUAAUAUAAUUAUCGCUCGUUCUAUUUGGUGUUAAUGUGACAAAAGAAAUUUAAAGAGCGUUCCUGUUUCCAAAUGGUCGCUGUUUCAAUAACACUAUCUGUAUUAUCGGACUUAAAAUGGCCGUGAACGUUCAGUGUAGGCUUUACAGCUGCGUGUCAGGCUUUGGUUACCAGGUAGUAAACAAGACCCUGACAGAAGAAGAAGGAAGUGGUGUAACGAAAAUAGAGGCUGCUCUUUUAUAGCAAAGAAACCGCACAAGAAAACCAGACACUGACAUGUUCUGCUCAUACUUUGCUUGUGAAUUAUUUCCUGGUUUCUUUUGAUUUUGUUGUUUGGGUUUCAGAGCCAGCUAAGUGUUUCUUUUCUGUUUCAGAUUGUCGGCGGUGCCAUCAUCGGGCUCGCCCUGCUGUCUCAGGUCUACACAAAUACCAGUGGAAGCGAAGUAAGGACAAACAUCGAGUUAACCACAAAAUAUCUAUCUCAUAUCUAAAAAUAUUCCUCAUCAUAUUAACUUGAUCUUCUCUGUGACUAGAUGGAGGGCAGAACCACUAGCCUCCUCUCCCUCUACAUCCUAGGCACUGUCACUAUGAUUGUCGCCAUUCUGGGAGCCUAUGGAGCCAACAAGGAGAACAAAGUGUGCCUGAUUGUGGUGAGUAUAAACUUAUGUUUUCACACAGGGGCUGCACAGGAUGGCAAAACUUUGUAAUGAAAUAAGGAACAAGGGUGGAGAUUAUUACCAAAUCGUAUAAUUUCAAGUGAAUUUCUUUACAUCCUGACCUGAUUGAGACACUUCUGAGAAACUUGAGAUCAUCAGUUCAUGGGUGAAACCAAGAAACCUCAGCACAGAAGUGAAAUAUGUGGUUUCUCUCUUCCUCUUUGUCACUUCUUUUUUUUUUUUUUUUUUUUGGUGAGAGCAACAGGCUUGUUUAUGUCAAACAAAGACUCCCUUCUCAGUGGCUAGAAACAUCUGAAAGUCAUAAUCUGCCUUUUAAGAUACCAAAGUUUGCUCAGAUUUCAGGAGAUUUUGAAUACAGGGAACAAAAAAGUUAUCUGACUUGUUUUCCUUCAAUAAAAACUCUAAAAUAAACCCUUUUUCUCUCUCUCCGCAGUUCCUGGUGUGUAUGAUCGUUGGAGCUCUGGCAAUGCUCCGAGCUGGCUUUGUAGCGACUGCCGCCCGCCCUCUGGUAACAUCCUGUCCCUCUGCCUCAUAAUAAUUCAAUGAUUUUGUGAAGCGACAUACUUGAACUCUAAUAUGAGUGUGAUUGAAACACUGACACAAAAAUCAUUUUAUAAAGUGAAAUUUUUCUAUUUGUUAAAGUCAUGUAGUCAAAAAUAGAGAACAAAAAAUCUGCGGACAACUAACUCAGAAUCACGAGAUGAGGACUAGAAUUAAAAUAAAAAGUGACAGCAGUAGGAUUAAUGAGGGGGUUCGUCUUUAGGGAUGGUGUUUAUCUGUCAGAUAAAGAGUCAUAACUAUUUUUAAAAAGUUUUAUAUUUUUUAACUCCAUGAUUGAAAAUGGCCAAGUCAUUUCAGGGGUGUUACACGUAAAAAUGAGAUGAAGUCGUAGUCAUGAGAUGUUGGGUUGACAUUUGAAUAAAUAAGAUUAUAAAAUGUUAAACUAGAUAUAAAGUCAGAGAAUAAUAAAAGUUAUAAGAAAUGAAGAAAUAAAAAAAACAAAAAGUGAGAAAUAGAAAAAUUGAGCAGUAAAAUUAAGAGCUAAAAAUUGUGAAAAUGCUCUGAAAGGUCAAAAGAUUAAGUUAAUAAAUGGGAACCAUGAGAAAUAAGUACAACAUAAGAUUUUAGAAAGUAAAUUUGUUUUAAAUACAGAUACAAGUUAUGUGAUUUAAAGGUUAAAAAAAUUAUCGUGUUGUAAGAACAGUAAAAAAAAAGAAAACUGGUUAAAGUAAGUGUACAGAAAAAAAAAAUCAUGGGAUAGAAGUUUUCAUUAAAAAAAAGUUUGACACUUGAGACAAACAACAUUUCAGGUUUAAAAAGUCCUAAUGAAAGUUCAACUUGUUAAAGUUAAAAUGACAAAAUUUUGAGCGAGGAUUAGAAGAUGAGACAUAUUCACAGUUAAGCCAUCAGAAACCUGGCAGAAGAAUUAGCUUGACUCGGGUGGGGGGUUAUUGUCACCCUAAAAGAGUUCCUGAUUGGUGAAUGGUUUUAGUAGAUGACCUUUUUACGUGUGUAAAAAAACAAAUUUACUUUAUAUCUGCCUUAAAAUCACAGACCAUGUAGUUCUUGGAUCUAAAAGUUUCAGAUGGGGAAACAUGACAAAAAAAAUAAAAUCAAAUUGUCAUACUGUAACAUGACUGAACAAAUAUAAAAAAAGAUGCAAAAGGAGAGGAUUUCAUUUAUCCAAAUCUGAAAUGUGACUUUAAAAAGACUUUUAAGAAGUUAAAAGCUUUUAAGUAUUAUUUUUUUAGGCUGUACAGUUUCGUCGUUUUAACUAAAACUGUCUGUGUCUGCAGGUGGAGCCACAACUGGAGGAAAAAUUCAGACAGUUGCUGCCUCUGAACGAAGCUCCAGAAGAGGCCAAAGCGAUGGCAGACGGCCUGCAGACGAUGGUAAGAGGCACACACACACACACACACACACACACACACACACACACACACACACACACACACACACCAGGUAUUGUUUGAAAAAGGGAAGUAGCUGGUAUUUACUUUUUAUCUCAGCUGUUAAAGGUUAUUAAAACCGGUUUCCACUCCCCGGGCUAUCAAAGGGCAGCCAGGUGUGGUUCAGUUACCUGAUUGGCUCGCUGACAGGCAGGUGUGUUGUUUGGCAGAAGUAAGUGGAGGACAGGCAGGUGACAGAGGGUCAUUUGACAAACAUGUGAGUCAGGUGUUAAGAAGAUGGAAGCCAAUUUUUUGACUGUAAUAGAAGUCCAUAAAAAAUGUAAUUAUCAGUUUUCUCCUCUGUAGAUUUCUAAACACAUCGGGUCUUUUUGUGACUAUAUGACUAAUAUAAAUCCAGUUAUGAUCUUUAGAAUCAUAUGCAGAAUUUUUUUAAAAGACUAAAGACAAAUUUUCAGCACCAAAUAACUGAUCAAUAAAUUGAGGGUAAGGUCAACAGUGAGAUCAUGCUGCAGCCUCGACUUUUCCUCUAAUGUUCAACUGUCGUCUCACUUCCUGUUCACGCUCUGACAUGCCUCUUUUCUUGCGUGCAGGCUCACUGCUGCGGUCUGUUCAGCUACAACGACUGGGGCAACGACAUCCCUGACUCCUGCAUGUGUGACGAGGAAGAGCAGGAAGAGGGCCUGUGCCAGUCAGUCGGCUACCGGGUGAGUGUAAACACACACAAACGUCUGCUUCGUGCACAGAAAUAAAAUUAAAAAAAAACCCUCAGAGUAAUGAUCCCACGUGUCUGUCAUUGCAGAUCACAAUGACCCCAAAGAAGAGCAUCUACUCUCAGGUGAGUUCUGGCAGAGUAUGAAUUUCACUGAAAACAGAUUUUACUCUCACUGUAUGAAGUUUUACAUCAUAUGGACCUUUUCUCUUCUGCAGACCUGCUUCCCUAUUAUCAUGUACUACGUCAUGCUCCUGUUGGACGUCGUGAUGGGAGUCGCCUUCACUCUGGCUUCUCUGGCGGUGAGCAUCCGCUUUAAACUUUGUGUUUUCUUGAACAGUUACACUUUUAUCUGUAAGCUUAGAUCGUACUUAAGCUUACGAAUCAAGUUCUCACACUGAAUGAAACUGACCUCUCUGUGUUCGUCCCUCCAGAUCCUGGGCAUGAUUCUGUCCUCCAUCAUCAUCCACCAGCUCCGUCACCCCGACAGGCCCACCGUCCUGCUGUCCGUCCCCGCCGUCUUCACGCCAUCUACUCCCAAAUACCAGGAGCUGCAGUACCCUCCUCCCAAAUACCAGGAGCUGCACAAUCCACCACCUUACUAGAGGAAGGGCUCCACCUCUCUGCCCUAACAUUAGCUUCUACUGUUCAGGGUCUUCUCAUAUACGUGGUCUCUUUGUUUAUGGUCGAAUUUGAGGCGUUGGAGGACUGAGGGUCCAAAGUGCCUUAUGACACCAUGGAGGCCUGAAACAUGUCUAAAAACUGUAACAAAAAAACCACUGGGUUUUAUUUUUCUAAUCUUAGCAGCUUUAAAUAUCUGCAGCAACUUCACUCUUUAUGUUUUAUUAGUUAAAGCUCAAUCAGGUGUAACUGUGAGGGGCGGGGCUUACUUAUACCAUUAAUCAUGACAAAAUCAGCUGCUUUCACACGACCAGAGAGGACGUCGGGAAAGAUUAAAAAAGGACUUAAAAAAACUUAGUUUCACAUUUAAAAUACAAUUUGAAACUAACAUUUUUACAUUUUAAAAACUUUAGAUCAAAAUUCUACAUCACAGAUUUUUAUUUUUUUUUUGGUUAUUCUGAAUUUGUCUGCAUUUAUGUUUGAAAAAUAAUCUGUCUCAUGUCCUCUCUGGUCACCUCAUGCCAUACAAUCCACUCGAGCAGUUCGUGUUUAAUUCUUUUUUUUUUUAAAUGCACUUUGCUAAAACUAAUUGCACUCACCACUUGUUACACAUGCUCAAAAAAAUCAUUUUUUUGUGCUUCAUCUCUGAUUUGGUGCAGUGAAUGCAAAAAGACCUUAGCAAAUGGCCUUAAAUAAACCGAAGUUAUUGUUAUAUUUACAGCCAUACUUAUUUCUGAGCUUUAAAAUCUUGGUGAAUCUUUUGGAUUGAUUGCGAUCAGUCCGCCUGUGUGUGUGGAUUCGCCAGUCUCGCCUCUGUUUACUGUACUUCUGUCGAAGAAAAGAUUCACAGAAAUAUUUAUCCUGUACUGUUUGAUAAUGAGUGUCACAGUAUUUCUCUUCUGUUUUUGUCAUCGCCUCAGUAAACUUGAAUCAUAUCCCUUUAAAUGCACAAUUGGCUAUAAAAACUGGAAAACCGUGAAUCUGUUUUUGACAAUGAGGAGGCUCAGUUUGGAAAUCUGAGCGCUGCUGCGACAGGACGGGAUGUUGUUAUUUGAGUUUUAUGGGCAUGUUGGAUUUAUUUUUUUAAAGAAAAUGUAAAAGUCUGAAUGUUUAAUUAGCUUUGAUAGAAGGAGGAGCCCGAAUAUGUCUGUAAAAGUGGAGAAAAGGGAGAAACUGGAAUUUUUUAAUCCAAAGUUUAUAUCAUGUUUGAUUCUUUUGCUGUGAGCUGAUACAGUAAAUCCUUCAGAUUAAAAGAAAAAUAAAAGAAACUCUGCUUGUGUCUGUGGGUGGAAAAAGAACAAACAUCAAAAACCAUCAAAGGGUCUUAAGCAACUUUACUGUAAGUAACCUGCGUUUUCUUUCCACAGCUGUGUGGGAAGUGGGCAAGGGUGAAAGUGGGUCACCGCCCCCUUAACGUGUCAUGGGAAAGUAUGAACUUUUUGUUUCACACGUUAAAAACACUUUAAAAAUUUAAAGAAUCCUUGAGUAAAAUAAUGGACUUAUAAGUGAUUCAGAAUAAUGAGCAACCACGGAUGAAAUACCCAAAAUUUUAAGGUAUUUUUCAAGGAAGUCAUGAAUAUCAAGAGUCUAGGUAUUGUGUAGAACAUAUUAGUUUGAACUUUUUAUACAUCCAAUGAAAAAAAUAAUGAACUUUUUGGCAAUCUUGAGAAUUUUUCAGAUGCACUUAAGUUGGCUAUGCCAGCAGCACGGCAAUAAACGUCUGUAGCUGUAGUCUGUUGUAACUCAACAGGUGCUGAUUUAACUGUUUUAAGAUGUCUCGAGCACCAUUAUCAAGUCAAAGCUGUAUUGAGUCCAACACUACACACUGCGACCGGAGAGGAUGUUUGGAAACGAAUUUUGAUUGAUUUUUCUUGGACGCUACUUUCCCAAAUCUCAAACACUGAGAUAAUUUCACGUUGAAAGUUCAAUUUGUGAAAAAGUAAGUUUGAAACUAAAAUGUUGACAAUUUCAAAAAGCACUGACUUCUUCGAAGACGAAUUCAAAUAGCUGAAAAUUCUGCAUUUCGGAAAUUUAGAAAUAGAAAUUUUCCACAUUGUAAGUGUGAAAGAGGUCAAAGGUACUCAAUUUUUCAUUGAGCUGCAGUGUUGCAUGAUGGUGGUUGAAAAACAGAUAACGUCAGGGUCAAAAUUAAGUUAGCAGCACCCUCUGGUGGACAAACUAUGUCAUAACAGUGUUAAUCAAAUAAAACAAAUUUUAUGUUUCUAAACUUUCAUCUAUAUGGAUAAAGUCUGAAAAUAAGGAAUAAGACACAUAUCUAAAUAAAGAAGUCCAACCAUUACUCUUGACUGUGCUUUUUUGUUGUUUUGUAUCAUGGCAGACUAUUCAAAAUCUUUCAUUUUCCACCUCUUGAAUUAAGGUAUAGAAUUUAAAAAUUGUCUUUUAUUCUAAUUAUCCAAAAUAUAUAUAAACUGAUAAUUCUAAAGAUCCAGUUAAAGGUAGAUUAGCAACUCCUGAGUCUUGUAAGCUUUAAUUCCUGUUUUUGUGGAUGAAGUUCAUGGGCUGUAAGACACCGCUCCAGAAACACCUCUUUAGAUCACUCUUCAGGUGAUCAGGUUCAUUGGGUAGAAAAGCAGCAUUCCUGAAACGCUCAGCCCUUCAUAAGCAAAGAUGAGGCCAAGCUCCGCACUUUGUCAACAACUGCGUGAGCAAACAUUCCAACAUUUUAAGGACUAUGCUUCUCAAUGUACAACUGCAAGAAUUUGUGGAUUUGAUCAUCUACAGUCCAAAAUAUCAUCAAAGAUCUAGAGAAAUCUCUGCACAUAAGCAGUAAGGCCCAAAACCAACACUGAACACUCAUGACGUUCGACUCAGAUCAUUCUGUAAAGCUCAUGUGCUACCUCACGGGCUCAGGAGGACUUCAGAAAACUAUCAUUAAUUAACGAAGUUCGUCUCUACAUCUACAAGUUCAAACUCCACCAUGAAAAGCCAAAGACAAUAGUGUUUUGUUGUCCCAGAACGAUUCAUUCAAAAGAACCGAAUCUUCUAAGUGUCCGUACUGAACCGAAUCACUUCCUCAAGUGAUUUGUUCGUUUCUCACUUCAGUUGCGCCGUCAGCAGCGCCGCUUCGGUUUGCAAGGGGAACGGCGCAUGUUCACAUUCAAUUCUUCUGAACCUUCAGCGGACGAAUCACUCACAAAGCCCAAUUUACAGAGUAGAUAAAUAGCAUACCAUAGGACAGUACACUUAAAACAUUGUGAUUUUUACAAACCUGUUUGCCAAAGCAACACAGCCAAACACUCUCGUCUGUGUAUCAGUUCAGGAGGUCCAAGUCGCAGGCUCCUUCCACCAAGCACUGAAUGAUUCGGUGAUUUGGUGAACGAAUCCUUUGAACAAAUCUUUUUAGUGAACUGAUUCUAGUGAUUCAGUACAUCUAAAAUAUCUGCUGUGCCCAUCAAUAAAAGACAAGUAUCGACGACGGCCAGAAACAUCGCUGGCUUCUCUGGACCUGAGCUCAUCUGAGAUGGACUGACGCAAAGUGGAAAAGUCUGCUGUGGUCUGACGAGUCCACGUUCAAGAUGGUUUCAGAAAAUCAUAGCCAGCAUCUGUGUUAGAGCCCAAAGCUGUAAGGUACAUACAAGUUUAAGAGCAACAUCUGCUGCCAUCCAAAACCUCGACUUUUUCAGGGACGUCCCUGCUCAUUUCAGCGAGACAAUGUCAAGACAGAUUCUGCACGUGUAACAACAGCGUGACUUCUUAGUAAGAGUUUGGAUACUAGACCGGCCUGCCUGCAGUCCAGAUGUGGAGAAUUAUGAAGCACAAAAUACCGCAACAGAGACCCCGAACUGUUGAGCAACGCAUGUCGAACGUCAGGCAAAAAAGUGAAAGAAUUCACCUCCAAAGCUUCAACAGUUAGUAUCCUUCCUAAGUUCACAAAACAUAAAUUUUGUGUUUCUAAACUUUCAUCUAUAUGGAUAAAGUUUGAAAAUAAGGAAUAAGACAACAUAUCUAAAUAAAGAAGUCCAACCAUUACUCUUUACUGUGCUUUUUUUGUUCUUUUGUAUCAUGACGGAGUAUUCAAAAUCUUAUUUAUAUAUAUAAACUGAUAAUUCUAAAGAUCUAGUUAAAAGGUAGAUUAGCAACUCCUGAGUUCUGUAACCUCUAAUUACUGUUUUUGUGGAUGAAGUUCAUGGGCCGUAAGCCGUAAGGUGAAACUCUCGAUUUACCGGUCGAUCUACGUGCCGACUCUCACCUAUUACCAUGAACUUUGGGUAAUGACCGAAAGGACAAUAUCGCGCAUACAAGUGGCCAAAAUGGUUUUCCUCGGGAGGCGCUCAGAGUAAAACUGCUGCUCCUCCACGUCGAGAGGAGUCAGCUGAGGUGGCUCGGGCAUCUGGUUAGGACGCAUUCUGGACGCCUCCAUUUAGAGGUGUUUCAGACAUGUCCCACUGGGAGGAGACCUCGUAGCCGGCCCAGGACCAGGUGGAGGGGUGAUAUGUCUCGCCUGGCCUCGGAGCGCCUGGGAAUCCGUCUGGGCUUCCCUCCUGAAGCUGCUGCCCCCGCGACCCGGACCGGAUGAAGCGGAAGAAAAAGACGACGAAGUUCAUGGGCUGUAAGACACUGCUCCAGAAACCGAGUGAAAGGUGAUGAAACACAGCAGGAAACAUGACCCCGAACCAGCUUUUUAGGAACGUGUUGCAGCAUCAAAUUCAUAAUAAGUGAAUAUUUGCAAAAAAAAAAACAAUAAAGGUUUA